AUGUCGCUUUGCAUUAAUCGCCUUACGGAAGAACGAAAGCAAUGGCGCCGUGACCAUCCAUUUGGCUUCUACGCAAAACCAUACCGAACACCCCAAGGCGCACUCGAUCUGAAGCGAUGGGAAUGCGGAGUGCCGGGCAAGUCAAAGACCCUAUGGGACGGCGGCCUCUUCAAGCUUGAUUUCACCUUCCCAGACGGUGGGUUAUCCCCGUACCUCCAACCCUUCUGUGGCGAUUUUAUAUAUAGAGAGGAAAAGACAAAGCUGACUUCUCACGGUAUAUGCGCAGAAUACCCUACGAAACCUCCAAAGUGCAAAUUCGUUCCGCCGCUCUUUCACCCGAACGUCUACCCAUCCGGGACCGUCUGCCUGUCUAUCCUGGCUGAAGAUGACGGUUGGAAGCCAGCCAUUACGAUCAAGCAGAUCCUGCUCGGCAUCCAGGACCUGCUUGACGACCCGAACCCAGAAUCACCGGCGCAAGCUGAGGCCUACAACCUCUUCAAAAAGGAUCGCCCUGCAUAUGAGAAGAAGGUCCGACAGGUCGUAAAGGAGCAUCCUGCAGUUUAG